AGCUCACUCAUCAGAAAGUACCAAAGUACCCGAACUGCCCCCCCUCCAUCCAUCCCACCCCCCAUCACUCUACCCCUCCUUCCAAAUACCUCAACCACCUACAAAACACAAACGCCUCCAUAAUUCAAACUCCGAACUUUGAUUAUUCGAACAUUUCUCUCUGAAAGAUCUAUUUACUCUCCGACCCUUUUCAUCAACAGCUAGAAUCAUGGGUGUCCACAACGUUCAGAACAAGGCCGAGUUCCAGGCCGCCCUCAAGGAGCACGACAUUGUCGUCCUCGACGCCUUCGCCGUCUGGUGCGGCCCCUGCAAGGCCAUCGCGCCUACGCUCGUCAAAUACUCCGAGCAAUUCACCAACGCCCACUUCAUCAAGGUCGAUGUCGAUGACGUCCCCGACGUCGCCCAGGAGCUCGGCGUUCGCGCCAUGCCUACCUUCAUCCUCUUCAAGAAGGGUGAGAAGGUCGGAGAGGUGGUCGGCAUGAACCCACCUGCGCUGUUGGCGGCUAUUGAGAAGCUUGCGGGCCCAACGGCUGCGGCUUAGAGGGUGUGGAGAUGUAUGUUUUUUGGGUUGAAUAGGGGAGGCGAGGAUGGAUGGGGUACAUUAUAGCUGGUAUAGCUUGCGCACUUAAGGUGCUGCAGCUGCUGGUAGUUGGAGGGAA